AGCACUAUGUCCCUGAUGUGUGAUGCUGAAGGCAACCACCUUCCCACCCCACACCACCCCCUUGAGGUGUGGUGCUAAGGGGAGCACUGUCCACCCCCAAAGAUGUGAUGCUGAUGAGGGCACUGUCUUACCAAGGCGGAGUGCUGGGGGGAGCACAGUCUGUUUAAGGGCUGCCAGCUGUGAUCCUACAAGGCAUCCUGCCUCUGCUGAACAUCUACUAUCUAGAAAGGAUUGAGCAGGCAGCUGUUAAGAAAGGACUUUCCACUCAGUCCAUCUGGUGUAAACUGUGGAAUGAAAUUAUGAAGAGCAAGCCAUCAAGAUUUGGGACUGUGACGUGCUGGAGGAAGAAGUUUCUUGAAGCCUUUUUUCACAAUGUACUCCGUGGGAUCUUGGAUGUGUCCACUGACCGGCGCUUGAAUGACCAGCGUUUCUCCCCUCUGGUGCACAGUUCACGACAUGUCUCAGAACUCACUAUAUGUAACAAACAGCAAGGGGUGUCUGAGCUGACUUCGGCUGUGCUGGAAUGUCUUGCCAAAUCUGUGGAAACACUGAAAUUCCUUCACCUGCGCUCUUCUGACUCCAACACUCAGAAGUCGCUGAAGCUGCUCCUCCACCAUCUCAUCCAUCACGGGCAGGUAAAAAAGGUCUCUGUGCUAUCUUGGCCUUGUCCAGAUAACCAGCUUCUGGUCCUGAUUCUGACGCUAAGUGCUGGAUUCUGGCAGCAGAAGACAGAUGUCCCCUGUACAUUUUGUUCAGAGACCUCAUGGAAUGGCAGCGGGAGUGACUGUGAGAAGAGAACUGAAUGUGAUACGUGCCCCAAAUCCUGCACUAGACAGGAGAAGGAGGAAGAAAUAGGCAGCCAAAGUGCCUUGUUAAGCCUGCAGCCCCUUAACAUCAGCCAGAAUGUUGCCACAGACCAACGUAAAAGCAAAGGCACAAGCGCAGAGAAAAAUGCCCCCUCCAGAAAAGAAACUGCUCGCAAUUAUUCGCUGCCUUCAACUGCAUCAGACAGUAAAGUAUCAUCUACCUCAGGAAAAGGACUGGUGCAAGUUCCAGCCUUACAGAGGGGCUGCGCCUCUGAAGCCGGUGACUUAUAUGACUUCAUUUUUAGCGUUCCUCCUGUAGAGGAGAGAAAUAAUACCACGGGGGGAGCCUCUCAGGAGGAGGAUAUAGGUAUUGAGGCCCCCUUGUUACAUGGUGCCAUUCGCUUCAGGAGUGUUAGAGCCCUGAACUUGCACAAUGUUCCUCUUACUAAGAGCACGUGUCGCUCUCUGUGCCACCUCCUGCGGUCCUGGGUGUCCCUGGAACGGCUAACUAUGGCGUACAAUGACUUGGGGGCCAGUAUUACCCUGGUGCUAGAGGCACUGGCUGCCCUGUCCCGCGAUCCCAGCUGCUGCCUCAGUGUGUUCUCUAUGAGCGAUUUCACAACUUAUAUCUCCACCCUGGACCUCGCACACACUCUGCUCAGCACCUUCUCUGGCCUUCAGCUGCUUUCACUCAGUUAUGACCUGGAGCAUCACAGUGACAAGGAGAGGUCUGAGGCCGGAUCAGCAGAAUUCCCAGAGAAUAAGCUAAAACAGCUGGAGCUCCGGUUUCCUCAGGACCCUCUGCAGGCGGAACGUUUAGUGUCUGUCCUGAAGGCCUCUCCUUCCCUCAUAGAGCUGUCUCUGGACAAUGCAACGUUUUCAUGCCAAGAGGAUCUAAAAAAUGUGUUGCUGGCGAUCAAUGAAUUUAACCCCUCCCUGCGGAGACUGAGCUUCCACGACAUGAAAAUGACCGAGUCACACACUGAGAUAGUGAACCUGCUAAACCAUUCCAGUCUUGAAGAAAUCAAGUUCUCAUUUUGCCGUCUGUUUGAGAAGGAGUCCGGAGAAUUCCUCGAUCAGUUUGUCAGUGCUCUCAGGAGAAAUCCAUCUGUGAAGAUCCUGAAGCUCUGCGGGAACAGACUCGGGAAUGACGGACUCUGUGCUCUGGCAGAUCUCUACGCUGCGGAUUCCUUGUCUGCAAUUCACUACUUGGAUGUCAGCUCCAACUGCAUCAAGCCGGAGGGACUGCUACAGUUUGCGAAGAAGCUUGAAGGAUACGGCGAGAUCAAGUUGCGGCAGCUGUCCAUCUCCCAGAACUUACUGGACCGCGAUCCUAUUAUGGCACAUGGGGCCCUGCAGUCCCUGGAAGGUGUUUGUUGUGUAGUCAGCGACAACUGGAACUCUUCUCAAGCCUUCGCUGACCAUGUCAGCGUCAUGUAAAGUACAGAACAGACUGUUUGGGUUUUUUUACGCAACGCUACGUCUUGGGUUUUGGGACUCUUAUUAGCUUCACCUUAUUUCUAAUGAGAACUUUUAAAUUGUAAAAUGACUGAGCAUGUCUCUUUACAGGGGUCCAAUUAACUCUAAAACCUCCUCGCAGGUCUGGCAGUCUGAUGUGUGCACUCAGAAACAGAUAUAUCCACAGUAGCUGUAUUCAGGCACUUUUAUUCUCGCUUCCACCCAAACUAAGAUAUGCUGCAGUGCUCUGCAGAGCGACCACUAGGGGGAGCCGGGCUCAUAUUGCAAUAGCUGUGGAGGUGUACAACACCUUACUGGUGAUGAGAUUCCCUUGUGACCGCUGCAUGCCAAGUGUUUAGGGUCGUUCAGUGUUGCAUGAAAUGAGGAGGCCCAGAUGUGUUGAAUGUCGUCACUGCUGUGAUUUUAAAAUGGUUUAAUCACCACAAUUACCAGUCACUGUCUCCAUCUCACAGGAACGUUCACAGUCACUUCGUACGUAGUGUAAGGAAGAGUUGUAGCUUCUGUCAGCCGCGCUGUGUGUCCGCCUUCAGUGCAACUCCUCUUCAUUCCGCUGUUCUCCCCUACUUGCAACAAACGGGGCCUAGCAAGAGAGAAGCUGGGCUCUCCCUACAGCUAAGUGCUGCAUGGUGUGAGCUGGCUUCCAGAGCAGGAACGUGCUGUCCUAAGUAUGGUUCCUUUUAGGGGCGGGGUUGCCUUCUAUUAUAUUCCAUUGGCUGUUCCUUGUGCCAUCAUGUUUCAUGGUAAGCAGCAAUUGCAGGUGCAGGGGUUUCCCGCUCCAGUCCUCUUGUACCCCAAACAGGUCAAGUUUUAGGGUUUCUGUCUGGAAAGACGGAGUUAAUAAUAACUGACCCAACAAAAUAGAUGAACUCACCUGUGCAUGAUUAAAGAAGUCCUGAAAACAUGACCUGUUGGUGGGGGUACUUAAGGACUAGAGUUGAAAACCCUAGCAAUGGGGCUACUUGGACUUGUUCUGAAAUAAAUUGCAACUCUGUUCAUUUAUUACCUGCAAUACAGCUACACAGGCUGUAAGGUCAGCGCCAUUGCCCUGUGGCUUUGUGGGUGUCCCUCCAUCACCUGCAAUGGCAACUAAUGAUCGUAAUGGGAUAUAUUACAGUACAGAUCUCAUACAUGAAUAUUCUCAGCCUCUGGUACUGAGGAUGAGUUCUUGGCUAUGCAGUGUCUAUAGUGUGUUAAAUAGGCUUUAAACACAUCUGUGUAGAUGGACAUAAUCUAUCAGACUUCCUCAUAUUGAUGUUGGUAUUACUAUAUUCAGGGAUCCCCAAGUUUGAAAAGUGCCUUUAUCUGAAAGCCAGUAAGUAAUAUUUCCUAAGCUGGGUUGGUGAAGGCGCACAAGGAUCUUCUGUGCCACCUGGGCAUCAGGCCAAGACAAGUUCACACACACACACCACCUUCUUGUCUUCUGGAACAGGGUUGGGUGUAGAGGGGGAUGGCAGCUGUAGCGAAUAAGCUGGCAGUUAGCGAUCACAACCAGCAGGAGGGGCUGUGUUAUGUGGGGAUAAUACUUUCCUUCCAUGUCACAGUAAUAUGCAUCUUCCUGUACAUCGUUUUCUCUCCCGCAAUGUGGCAGCUCAUAUUUCUCCUUUAUAAAACAUUUGUCUCCGGGAACAAAUACUGGAAUCCUUCAGAAUAAACACAUUUUAUCAUUCGAUUUUGGCAAAGUUGUCUGUGAAGCCGAUAAUUCCCGGAGUUUCCAUAUUCGGCAUGAAAUAGGACAGACUGUGGAUAAGCAGUGAUUAGAGUGGAGAAGUGUGCCAUGGCAACCAAUCAGCUGUUAUGUAUAAUUAUAGAAUGUGCUUGAUAAAUGUUACUUGACAGCUGAUUGGUUGCCAUAGCUCACUUCUCAACUCUAAUCACUUCUUCAUACAUCUACCCCUGUGUAUCUAGAGUUAAGAAGAAGAGGGGAAAUGGGGAUGGCUGCUUCCUUCUGCUGAAAGUUUGUUCCAUGGUGGCAUUGUUCAUUAACCACUCUGGGAAUGUUUUUAUAGUAGUGAAAAGAUUCCGUGAACGAUCUAUAUAAAUGGACAUUGAGGAUAACAACAUGUCCCAUGCUGACUGCAUAGCGGCUUUUACAGUGUUGUUGUAACAUUCUACCCAACAUGUUCAAUCGCUAAUCCGUAUUGGUUUAAUAAUCCUUGACUGAAUAAAUCCGCCUGCCAAAUGGA